UGACAGUUGUAAAACCCGAGUAGGGCCGUCGAAAAUUUUCCCUAUCAGUGUGGUUUGUGUCCGUUAAAUGCUUGACUAACAAUAGCAAAAAUCAACAGUUUUUCCAUAUGAUAUUUCAUACUUCAAGGUACCAACUUUCAUGUUGUAUAUAUAUAAGUUGACAAGCCACAGAUCAGAUCACUCUUAAAUUCAAGUUACAGACUGAAUUACUAUAGCAACCUUUUCUGUUUGUUAAUAUGCCACUCUUUGAUCGGUUUUCAAAAAGGUCUACUGUUGAUGUCAAUUUGAAAGAGCAGAGUACAAUAACAGCAGAGUCUGAUUCAGCCCAAGCUGAGCUAGAAGCUCCAGUGCUGUUGAAGAAAACAUCUCCUUUAAUCACAUUUAUCUUUGGAAAAAAAGUACCCCCUAUACCUGAGAAAAGAGAACCAUAUCCAUUUGUUAAUGCUAACAUAUUUUCACAAUUGACAUUUUCUUGGAUCUCUGACAUGAUUAAAAGAGGUUACUAUAGAAGAGUUGAAGAUGAAGAUCUCUAUUAUUUAGUUGGGGAUUUGACUAUUGAAGAAAUGUGCAAAAAGUUUGAAGCCAACAUGGAUAGAAGAAUACUGGAAUGGAAAAAGAAAAAACAAUCACAACCUGAGGAGCGUUUCACAAAAUAUUUGGUAUUGAGAGCUCUAAAUGAUACAUUUUUUAAAACCUAUUGGAGUGCUGGUGCAUUCAGAGUUUUAUGUGACACUUCUCAAGUUUUAAACCCGCUAUUGGUUCGUGAAUUAGUGAAACAUGUCAAUGCUCAACAAACAGAUCCAACGUUAGGACCUGGUAAAGCUAUUGGUUAUUGUAUCGGUAUAUCCCUUCUUUUGAUUGUUAGCUCACUUGGUAAUUGCAACUGUUUGCACCUAGGAAUGCUAUCUGGUGCCCAAGCUAAAGCAUUGUUGACAAACCUGUGUUACAAGAAGAGUUUCAAGCUAAGUGCAAAGGGAAACUCGGAAUUUCCAAAAGGGAAAGUCAAUAGUUUAGUGAUGACAGAUCUAGCAAGAAUAGAUAUGGCACUUGGUGUGAUUCAUUUUCUUUGGUCGUUCAUUAUCGCUUUGAUUAUUGCUAUAGUGAUUUUAUUGGUCUUGGUAGGCGCCCCUGCCCUUGUUGGUAUUGCAACAUGCUUUGUUAUUAUUGGUUAUAUCUUUGUUGCAAAUAAAUACUUGAAAAGCUUGAGAAGAAAGACUAUUGCAUUUGUUGACAAUAGGGUUGGCGGUGUAAGAGAGGUCGUGAAUGCUAUGAAAAUGAUCAAGCUUUAUUGUUGGGAGGUUCCUUACUUCAAGAUCAUUGAGAAGUAUAGAAAUGAUGAGAAAAAACAUCUUUUAAAAAUGAACCUUUUCAAAGCUUCCAUGUUUUCUUUGAUGACUUCUACUGGUGUUUUGGCCACUAUGUUUACAUUUUUAACCAUGUAUGGGGUUGGGAAAAAUUUCAAGUCGUAUAACAUUUUUUCCUCAGUUGCUCUAUUCAAUUCAUUAAGACAACCCUUAACAGUUUUGCCAUCAGCUACGGCGUAUGUUAUUGAUGGAAGUAUUGCACUCGACAGAAUUACAGCCUUUCUACAAGCUGAUGAGAAAGAGGAAUACGUUGAACAUCAUGAGAUUCAAGAGUCGGAAAAUUCAAUUGAAGUUGAAAAGGCAACAUUUGGAUGGGACUUGGAUGGUGAAGUCGCCAAGCAGGAGAUAUUGAAAGAUAUUAGUCUCAGCAUCAAGAGAGGUGAGUUUGUGGUGAUCACAGGUGCUGUUGGUACUGGGAAAUCUUCAUUAUUGAGUGCCAUCCACGGUAUGAUGAUCAAGUAUCUUGGUUCUGUCAAAGUAUACGGGUCACAGUCUUUUUGUUCGGCACCUUGGAUUCAAAAUGAAACAAUUAGAGAAAACAUUUUAUUCGGAAACACCUUUGACCAUAAAAAGUAUAGUCGUGUCAUCAAAGCUUGCUCACUCGAAGAUGAUUUCGCAAUGUUCACUCAUGGUGAUUUCACAGAGGUUGGUGAAAGAGGUAUUACACUUUCUGGGGGCCAAAAGGCAAGAGUCAGUUUAGCCAGGGCUGUCUAUACAAAUUCAGAUAUUAUUUUACUGGAUGAUGUUCUUAGUGCGGUUGAUGCAAGAGUUGGUAAACAUAUCAUGGAUGAUUUAAUUUGUGGUUACAUCAAGGACAAGACAAGAGUUUUGGCCACUCACCAACUAUCAUUGAUUCAAUCUGCCGAUAGAAUCAUUUUCUUGGAUGGUUCUGGUGGUAUAGAUGUCGGAACAGAAGAUGAACUUUUAUCAAGAAAUAACGAUUUCAUAAACCUUAUGAAGUUUAGUUCUGAGAAAGAAGGCGCAGAAGAGGAGCUAGAAGAUCCACAAGAAGUUGGUGAUACAAUCAAAAAGAUUUCCACAAUAAUUAGCGCCAAAGAAGAUGUUGGUGGUGAUGAACAGAAGAAACACAAAAUCAUAGAAGAAGAAUUUAGAAGUGCAAAAUCAAUCUCAUGGGAGGUCUAUUACAACUACUUUAGUCUAGGAGCUGGGAGGUUUUAUUUUAUCGUUUUACCUAUAUUUGGGCUGUCUUGUAUCCUGAAUGGAUUUCUUUUUGCAUUCAAUUCUGUUUGGUUAAGUUUUUGGGUUUCAGACAAGUUUGGCUUUUCAUCACACGUUUACGCUGGGUUAUAUGCCAUGUUUUGCGUACUUGCAGCGCUAGCUAAUGUUUCGAUGCUUUUGUUACUUGGUAAACUGAAUAAUGAUGCUGGUUUGAGGCUAUUUAUUCUAGCUUUACAGAAAGUUUUGAGAACACCAAUGAGUUUCAUGGAUACAACGCCGAUUGGUAGAAUCUUGAACAGAUUCACAAAAGAUACAGAUACACUUGAUUCCAAUAUAGCGGACCAGUUGAGUAUUUUUGCCAUGGGUUCAAUUUCAGUUUGCAGUACAUUUAUCUUGUGUGGUAUUUACAUCCCAUAUUUAUUCAUUGCUUAUCCUUUCAUUGGCUUCUUUUAUAUUUCUCUGUCCAAUUACUAUCAAACAUCAGCGCUAGAUAUAAAAAGGCUUGAAGCAAUCAAUAGAUCUAACGUGUUCAGUCAUUUUAAUGAAACUUUAUCAGGAAUGUCCACAAUAAAAUCAUAUGGAUCAGUCAAAAGAUUUUCAGAAAGAUUUGAAUAUUUAAUUGAUAAAAUGGAUAUGGCUUACUUCCCUACUUUGGCAAAUCAGAGAUGGCUGGCUGUGAGAUUGGACUUUACAGCUUCUGGUGUUUCACUGCUGGUUUCGCUUUUAUGUGUGUGUGGAGUUUUCAACCUAGGAUCAUCAUCUACUGGUUUACUGAUCUCUUAUGUUAUGCAAAUUGCAUCCAUUGUUUCAAUGUUGAUGAGAUCCAAGACUCAAAUUGAAAAUGACAUGAACUCUUGUGAAAGAUUGUAUGAAUAUGCAUAUCAAUUGCCUCAAGAAGCAGCUCCUUUAAUUACACCAGGCCCCAAACCAACAUGGCCCGAACAAGGAUCAAUUGAAUUUGAAAACGCUAGUCUCAGGUAUAGAGAUAACCUACCACUGGUUUUGAAAAACGUUACUUUCAAUGUUGCUCCUGGUGAGAAGAUUGGGAUUGUUGGUAGAACCGGUGCUGGUAAGUCAACUAUAAUGAAUGCAUUAUUCAGAAUCAAUGAGCUUGCUACGGGGAAAGUGCAAAUUGAUGGUAUUGAUAUAUCUACAUUAGGUUUAGAUCAACUAAGAUCUAAAAUGUCAAUUAUUCCUCAAGAUCCAGUUUUAUUUAAAGGGUCGGUCAGACAGAACUUGGACCCAUUCAAUUCUUAUAAUGAUGUUGAGCUAUGGGAUGCCUUGAAAAGAUCAUGGUUGAUUGAAAAAGAUAGUGAAUUGACACUAGAUGCUAAUGAAACAAUGCACAAGUUCCACCUUGAUCAACACAUUAAGGACGAAGGGGAAAAUUUUUCUUUAGGAGAACGUCAAUUGAUUGCACUUGCCAGAGCUUUGGUGAGAAAUACAAAGAUUUUGGUCAUGGAUGAAGCUACUUCAAGUGUUGAUUAUGAAACAGACUCAAAAAUUCAGUCAACCAUUGCAAAUGAGUUUUCCCAAUGUACUAUUCUAUGUAUUGCACAUAGACUGAGAACAAUCUUGAAAUAUGAUAGGAUUCUUGUUCUUGACCAUGGUGAGGUGAAAGAAUUUGACACACCGUUUAAUCUAUUCAAACAAAAUGGAAUUUUCACUGAUAUGUGUCAAAGAUCUAAUAUAAUUGAGGCUGAUUUUUAAGCCGACUUAAAUGAAUAGAAACCCAUACCAUUAAUAUUUAUAGCGUACUUAAUGAUUAAUAACUUGCAUAUGUUUAAAGAGCUUUAAGUAGAAGUACCUAUUGUUUGUAGAAGAGACGUUUGGCAUGUUUUUGGCCCGGUGCUCUUUGGUAAAAUCACCCAGAUUUUGUCAAAUCUUACACCAGCGUUCAUCCUUAACUAAAGUACACACAGCACAACUAGACCAAGAAAGCUUAUACUACAAACGAAUU